GUACGGUCGGUCGGGUCCGCCAGCAGGCAGCAAGCUUUGUUCCGUUCGCUCCGGUCGAUAUUGUGCAUUCACACGCGCGCGGCCUGCAGGAAGAGCAAAACAAACAGGUCGCGUCCUCGCGCCUCCGCAUUAUAAUAUCCCUUGUCUACGCUAAACUACGCUAUUUAUGCAUACGAUAAUUAAUUUAUCAUAUAAAUACGCGGUGGAUUGUGAAAACGGGAAUUUUUUUGAUUUUUCUUAUGGUGACAGCGCGGAGAAGGACAGUAUAAAUAAUAAAGUGCAUGCGCGUCGUGUUUGUGAUGACAAAAUCGCCUUGAAUCCUUGAAAACGAAGUAAUUCAAGGAUACACGCGUGUUUGGACAAUUUUAUUCCCCGUGAUUUUUAUCGUCUUUUGUUGGCAGCCAAUUCAAUGGGAAACAUUGUGAACGCAAUUAACGGAUAAUAAAACAGGAUUAACAUAUUAUUAGAAUCACAAUCAAGAUGCCAUCACUAGUGGAAGCGAUAGAACAAAAGUACGGAAAUGAGUGCAGCACUGAGUCGGAUGGUUCCGAGCAGGAAGAACUCUGCGUGUCUAUCUUUGUGCCACGCCGUCCCCCUCGGGCCAUCGUACCGGCACUACUCGUCCUGAACGACUGCGACAUUACCACUGCCGGCGAACGUGAUGCUCUCAAUGAUAAAUGCGCCAUUGUAGAAGAAUUGGAUUUGGCUAAAAACAAACUCAAUAAAUGGCUAGAGAUAUUUGGGAUAUUGCAACAUAUGCCACGUUUGAAAUUCAUCAACUUGUCUUUCAAUCAACUAUCAGAACCUCUGCAUGAUUCAAUGCCAAUCAAAUGGACCAAUCUAAAGAACCUGGUGUUGAACUCAACCAAAAUUGAUUGGCAGAGCGUGGAUAAGAUUCUAGACCAUUCUCCUGCCUUGGAAGAGCUUCAUCUGAGCCUCAACGACUAUAAAGAUGUGAAUUUAACGUCCUGCGCUAAAUCGGACGUAGAAACCAACUCCAACUGCACGUGCCCCAAAUUGGGGAGUGAAUACAAACGCCACAAGCAUCUGGGCAUUAAGAAAUUGCACUUCAAUGGCAAUCCAAUUCAGUGUUGGACGGAAAUUUCUAAGCUGGGUUAUGCUUUCCCAAAUUUGGAGUAUCUCGUGCUUGCUGACUGUCCGAUAGAGACUCUUAAUCGUCCCGCCGACCAAGAUGGUAAUCAUAACGGAGCUGAGCACUCGGUUUAUUCGCAUGAUGGAUUCAAAACACUCAAGUUUUUAAACUUAAAUGGUACGCAGUUAUCCAGUUGGGACGAAAUUGAGCGGUUGGCGUUGUUUCCAAGCCUACAAUGUUUAAGGAUGCAGGGUUGCCCAUUAUGGGAAAGUACUGAGUAUACCGAGCAUGAACGUCGUCAAUUAAUGAUUGCGCGGUUACCCAAUGUAGAGGUACUGAAUGGUGGAGGUGCCAUUGGUCAUGAUGAACGAGAAGACGCCGAAAGGGCUUUCAUUCGGUAUUACAUGGAGAAACCAGAGUCGGACCGGCCAGAACGGUACAUUGAGUUGGUGAAUGUCCAUGGUAAACUGGAUCCCCUCGUAAGUGUUGAUUUACGUCCGGAGAAGCGUGUGAAAGUGACAUUCGUCUGCGGGACAAACACUGAAGUACGCUGUGUCGAUGUCUAUCGCACAGUUUUGGAUCUCAAAUCCAAGCUGGAGUCUUUCGCUGGUUUUUCAGCCGGUAAAAUGAGGCUGUAUUAUGUUGACCAAGAUUGUCGCGAUCAUGGCCCAGAAGAAAUGAAAUAUCCGCACAAACAACUCUACAGCUACAAUAUACGUUCAGGCGACGAAAUCAUCAUCGACUGCAAGAAGAAAUUGUCAGAGAGCAAGAACUGAAGUCACCAACCAACUCAUUCUACACUACCAGUUUCACGCAGAUAAAAACAUGGCGUGGAACGUUACCGAUUGUAUUCGAUACUUACAUGUUAUCCGCUUGUAUGCAGCGGAAGUAAUCUAUCUAUUUGGAAAACUAUACCUAUAACACACAACUGCAAACCGAAAUUCUACUGCCUAAUAAUUACAUUAUUAACUCGUCAGACUUAUAUGCCAAGAUGCAAUUAUUGAUUGUGACUUAAGGUUUGCGAAUGUUUAAUGAUGGCGGAUAUCUUUUUGGUUGCCAUCCUGUUCGAGGACGAUUGCAGUGCGAAAUCUUUCAAAGAACAGAAACAGCGUCAGUUACGCAGAUAGAAGUGACUAUGAUGUUAUUACUGUAUAGCUCUAGACCGUGUAAAAAAGAGGAUUUUGUGAUAUUUUAAGAUCGCGUUACUAGACGUAGUUGAGACUAUAUUAACCGAAACAUAUAUCAUAUUUAUCAGAUUAAACAAAGUAAUGAAACACUUGUUAUUUUAGUGUUUUCAAUGCUUUUUUAUGUUUAGCAAACUCACUUUGUUGACGAGAGAAUGAACGGUUUACAACUAGUGAUACUAACAUAGUCCUUAUGUUUUAUUGAGUAAUUUUAGUUUUAAUUGAUAAUGAAGAAAAUGGCGGCUAUUCAGAAUAAUUAUGAGAAAUGCCUAAUUUCAAGGUCUAUAACGAAACAUCCAGACAAUUAAACAAGAUUGCAAUUAAUAAUUAUUAAAUAUUGUAAUAAUUUAUCUCUGAUAAUGAAUAAAUUGUUUCUUUUUUAAUGAAUUGUUGUCAAACAUUGAUACGAAAUGCACCGAUAACGAGGUUGGUUCAAUAAAUUUCUUCAUUUAACAA